AGUCACAACGAACUGGUAAUUUCGCAUCAAACGCCAACUUGAUGGAAAUUUCUAUAGACGUUCUCAUUUUCAUUUUUUACACAUUUUUGAUUCUUUAUUUGCAACACUUUGUCAACAGAUACGCGGAGUUUGUGCGCAUGUUCGAGUAAGCAUGCUGGGACUGCAAUCCUACGCCAGCUCCUCCGACUCCGACGCCUCGGACAACGAGCAAAACCCAAAUGCGGAGCAAACUUUGCAUCUGCAGCCGCUGGACAAAACCCAUUCGUUGUCCAAAUCCCUGGCGAUUGUUGCGGCGCCCGAUGUAGUGCCGAUGGGCGCCGCAGCCGUUGAGCGAUCACUCGACCCAACGCUCAAGGAAGUCGCCUACAAUCCACGCUACGAAGAGAUGUACGCACCCGUCCUAGGACCGGAGCAUCCCAAUCUGACGAUGCAGCAGCGGGCGCCGAGAAACACCCUCGCCGGCUAUGUGGAGAAGGCGCACAUCAAUGCCUUCGAGUUUGAGAAUCAACGUCGCACAUUUCACACCUACGGAUAUGCCCUGGAUCCCACUGUGGAUGCUACAGCCGAUGGGCAAUCUUAUGUGGGUGAUCUCCAGUCCGCCUACGAUGACAAUGGGAAAACGGUUUUCGAGGCGCCCAAGCCGAAGAAAUUGCGCAAGCAGGAUAAAAACGAUAAUCCCGAGGAUGUGGAGGGCUUCCUCGGACCAUGGGGCAGAUUCGAAAACGAGAUAACCGUCGCCAAGCCAAAUGAACAGGAACGCGCCGAGCUGGAUGAGCUGCUCUCCAAGCGACACAAGCGCGGACGCAUUCCCGAGGAUAAGCCACUGGAGGAAAAAUCCACUUUGCACAUCAAGGAUGCCUACGAUUAUCAGGGCCGAUCUUAUUUGCAUGCUCCGCACGAUCUGGGCGUGAAUUUGCGCUCGAAUGCGCCGCCACCAAAGUGUUUUCUGCCCAAGGCGCACAUACACACGUGGACGGGUCACAACAAGGGCAUCUCCUCGAUACGCUGGUUUCCUAAGACGGCACAUCUGCUGCUCUCCGGCUCGAUGGAUUGCCGUGUUAAGCUGUGGGAGGUUUAUGGCGAUCGGCGCUGUGUGCGCACCUUCUCUGGCCAUCGGCAGGCCAUCAAGGAUAUUGCGUGGAACAAUAAGGGAACACAUUUUCUCUCCGCCUCCUAUGAUCGCUACAUAAAACUGUGGGAUGCGGAGACGGGCGAUGUUGUCUCUCGGUUCACCACUCGCAAAAUGCCCUUCUGCGUCAAGUUCCAUCCGGAUAACAGCAAGCAGCAUCUCUUUGUCGCCGGCACCUCCGACAAGAAGAUCAUUUGUUGGGACACUCGCAGUGGAGAUAUUGUACAGGAAUAUGAUCGUCAUUUGGGUUCAGUUAGCACCAUCACUUUUGUGGAUGACAAUCGGAGAUUUGUGACGACUUCGGAUGACAAAUCGAUGCGCAUCUGGGAGUGGGACAUACCCGUCGAUAUGAAGUACAUUGCGGAUCCAACGAUGCAUUCCAUGCCGGCCGUUACUCUGGCACCCAAUGGCAAGUGGAUGGCCUGCCAGUCGCUGGACAACAAAAUCGUCAUAUUCUCCGCCCUCAAUCGUUUCAAGAUGAACCGCAAGAAGACCUUCACCGGGCACAUGGUCUCCGGCUAUGCCUGCCAGCUGGAUUUCUCGCCGGACAUGAGUUACCUGGUGUCGGGCGAUGGCGAUGGCAAGUGCUACAUUUGGGACUGGAAGACGACGAAAAUGUACAAGAAGUGGCAGGCGCACGAGGGCGUUUGCAUCAGUGCCCUAUGGCAUCCACAUGAGGCCAGUAAACUGGUCACCGCCGGCUGGGAUGGCCAGAUUAAAUAUUGGGAUUGAGAAUGCCUACCAAAAUAGAGAUAUAUUGAUAUAUUAGGUUUUUAAGCAGUACAUGUACGAUGUAGUGUAAUCAAUUGACGAGCAACAACAACAAGAACGUUUAAUCCUUUACUCCUUUCUACAACAUA